GUUAUUGUUUGGGGAGUCUUUCUUCGUUAAUAUUCUGGUUACUGUUUUUAUUUCACAUCAUAUGUAUCCGCUUUUGAAUUCAGAAACGCUCCUUGGGUUAUGCUAAUGUCGUUUUGAAGCAAUGCGUUUCGAGCAAUGUUCAAAAACUGUUUGAUUUUGUGUUGAAUGUGGGUGCUUUGUAAUUGCUAUAGAAGGCAGUGAUUAAUCAAGGAUGUUACUUAACAUCUCGAUGUUCGAUCUGUCCUAAAAACUGUGGAAGUUAAUGGUUGAAAUGGAAUUGAUAUACAACUUUGAAAUUUUUGUAUGUGCGAUGAAAACCAUUAUUUGUAGACUGACACUACAUCAAACAGAAUGUUGAUUGUAAACGUACAGUCCAGACCGUUUCAAUGACCUGAUUUUGAGUACUGAAAUAAGGAAACAGACGUGACGGAAGUGCGAUAUUUUCCGGAAAUCGAACAGUGAGGCAGGCGCUUAGGACGGCAAGACAAAGCGUUAGUUUAUGAGUAUGUUGGUGAGACUUGGGUUAAAAGUCUUAAAGUGAAUAGCAUCUCGGAAAAGUAUAGGACGCGAGAUUUUGUAGGAAAGGACUGGCUAUCAAAAAUGCCGUGACAUACUGUAUUGAUUACGCCUUCUUGUUUCCGCAAACAAAACUGAUGAAGAUAACGCAAAAGUAAUAGUAGUGUACAUGAGACCUGACAGAUUGAAUAGUAUGAAAAUUUGCCCCGGAUGAAUUUUACCGUCUGGUUUUGAAGAACAGUGUUUGUGCUGAAAUGCGUUCAUUUGCCUCAAUGUUAGUUGACACAUCAAGUGAAAGCUAAUAUUAUUUAUUCUUUGAGAGGUGCAGUGAUUUUUUUAUGGGGUUAUGCUUCUCUUGCAGAAAGUCGAGACUAGAAAGUUUAAAAUCCGAACAGUUUUCCGCUUCUGCAACUCCACUCCAUGUUUGCGUGGAAGAGCAAAAGGGACCAGAAAUUGGUUCAUCUUCUAAAGAGAUCUGUCAGUACACAAAAAUGGCUAACACAAUCUCCAACAUAAAAAUGACUAAUCCAGUAAGGAUCCUUGUGAGUAAAAGGAGAAAACGAUAUACACAGGAUGGAUUUAAUUUGGAUUUGACAUACAUUAAGAGCAAUCUCAUAGCAAUGGGGUUUCCAGCUCAGAAGCUUGAAGGUGUGUACCGCAACCACAUUGAUGACGUUGUGAAAUUUCUGGAGUCCAAACACAAAGACCACUACAAGAUCUACAAUCUGUGUUCUGAACGAUCAUAUGAUGUGAGCAAAUUCCAACAGAGAGUGUCUGUUUACCCUUUUGAUGAUCACAACCCUCCCAAAAUGGAACUGAUUGGUCCAUUCUGUGCUGAUGUUCAUGAGUGGCUAUCUCAGGAUCCCAGAAAUGUUGCUGCUGUCCACUGCAAAGCUGGAAAGGGCCGAACAGGUGUUAUGGUUUGCUGCUAUCUCUUGCACAGCAAGCUGUACUCGACAGCAAAUGAAGCACUCAGUUACUAUGCUGGAAUGAGGACGCAUGAUAAAAAGGGUGUUACAAUACCUAGCCAACGCCGGUACGUUGGAUAUUAUGCAACAUUAGUACAAGAAGAAUUAAAGUAUCAUCCUGUUGUGCUCCUCCUUAAGGAGCUUCGUAUAGAACCCUUGCCAAACCUAAAUGGAGGACAAUGUAGUCUCCAGGUAGUGAUCUCAGAUUCAAACAAAUUGAUAUUUACGUCACCUGUUUAUGAAGUCAAGAAAGGUAGUCCAUCUUUCUGCAUACCUUUAGACCAGAGUGUUCGGCUGGAAGGGGACAUAAAAGUGCAGUUUUUUAACAAACCAAAAAUGAAACGAAAGGAGAAGAUGUUUCAUUUUUGGUUCAAUACCUUUUUUGUUCGUGAGGAGAUUCAAGUACCUGAUACCCCUGCCAAUGGGAAUGAGGAUGGGGAUGUAAUCCCACCUCCUGAUAGGUCUAGUAGAGCUAUGAGUUGUGAUGGACAGUCUCAUGUAUCGCAACUUCCACUCAGGCAUUCAAGAACAGUGUCACUUGUUUCUUUGGAGCCUGACAUGAAAAUGUUGGUGUUGAGGCUGAACAAAUGGGCAAUCGAUGAGGCUCAUAAAGAUAAACAAAACAAGUUGUACAGUCCAGAUUUUGAGGUGACACUUUACAUGCGCCGUGUACCAAGUGACCUGUCAGCCAGUAAACUUUGGCAGCAUACAGACAUGCAGCAACGAACGCAUUUCCAGGACACCCCUAGUGAGUCGUCUGAGGCUGAAUCCAGUGACUCAGAUUCAGCAGAAGAUGAAGACUGGGAAUCUGGAGAGUCAACCUACCUGUGAUCCCUGUGCCCAAUUCCUUCUUCGCUGGAGCGGUGCUUGGCCACUAACACGAGCUGUGGGGUGUGCAUGGGAUCCUUCUCCAGAAAGCAAGCUGUACAGCAAUAGUCCUUAUGGCACUUCUGCUUUUUUUGUUAUUUUCUUUACUUUCUCCUUCAUAUAACAUGUAGAAAGUUGUAAAAAGCAUUAUAUGUUCACUUUGACUGUGUUUGUACUUUUUUUAUCUUUUUCGCUUAAAUAAUACAGUAGCGUACAACUGAUGUCAGUUUCGUGUUUGAAGUUGUGCUUCCAAGUGUGAAUUUUGAUAUUAGCUUUCAUUGUUUUAAGAUUCUGUAACAGCAGUCCCUGCAGGGUUUUGUGUGCUAAAUAUUUAUGCGAAAUGUCCAUUGCCUUGUAGUUAUAUUGAGUUUCAGUGGUCACAGCUGACAUUCUGAAAUCACAUCUUAUUUUCAUUUGUCCUGUUUGAUGUUUGGUGUUGAAUAUUUUGUGUGAAAUUUUGAACAUGUGUGUGUGUGUGUGUGUGUGUGUGUGUGUUAAAUGUAUGGUAGUACGUAAUAUGUAUAGAAUUACAUAGGGAUGUAUGUCAUGCAUUAGGAUGGCAAAGCAACGAUAAGAUGCCUAACAAUAGCUAAUAGCUGUGUGGCAUAUUUUUUAAAUGAUUGUGUAGUGCAAUUAUCAGUAUUAAUUGGCGUAUUGAAUGGCAUUGAUAUAAUGUGUAACCAUAAACGGUUUUUUGCUAUGCAGCAUGUUCAUUUCAAGUGAUGUAGUUAUAUCAUCAGGUCCUCUUUAUGUAUUGUGCCUUCUUGCAUUUUUUAUUUCAUAUUCCACACAGGUUGUAGUGUCCCUUUUAACAGAGACAUGUAAGAUUACCUGUUCAUUAUUUAUGCACUUUUGUCUGAUUAUUUCUCUUGAAUUCCAGUAUAUGGAUCUGUGAUAGUUUCUGAAUCCUUACAGUUUUAAGAACAAAUGAAUCAUCUCAUGAAAUUAUGUGCGUGAUUGUGGAUUAGAGUGAGCAUGAUCUCUUUGGUAUAUCAUUUAAUUUAUAAUUUAUUGCAGUAAAUGAAACUGUGAUAAUUAAGGUGUACAUACUUAUUGCAUUGAUACUAAAAGGCAACUAAUUUGGUUAUGUUAAUUAUUAUGUUGUAGUGGAGAAUAUGGAGUGAUACAAAGCACAGAAGUACAGGGGAAUACUCAGAUGAGGAGAGUGUAAUUAGAGGAUAUAAAAAGGGUAUAUGAAGAAAAGAGAAAUAGGGAGCCACUGAAAUAAUAGAGCUAUAAGGUUUAUGCCAAAUGGUUAACAAAGACCUGAAAUAUGUAUUAAUGAGGGAGAUGAAAUCUGAGUUCACUGUUAACAUAAUAAUUCUGUGUUGUGCAACAUGUUAAGCAUCAGGUUGUCAUGAAAGAGGACUGUUCAGUCUUUCAGUUGAAGCCUAUGCUGAAAAUAUGUUGGAUUAUAUCCAUAUCCAUGGAUUAUAUCCAUAAGUUACAUAGAGCUUGAAUCACCAUGAAUAUUUCACCAUUAUUUUAUUCUAUGUUACAUUUGUUUUAUUUAUGUUAGACCUUAACCAUCAAUUCUCUUCUUGUAGCACAUCCUAAUUUUCUUUGAUCCUUGAUCUUUGUCUUAAUUUCCUGUUGAAUUUGUCUUUCUCUUUUCCCUCUUUUUUUAUAAAUCACUUUCCUCUAUCUGGCUUCUUUUUCUCUCUAUUUUCACACAAAUCUUCAUGUAAUGAUGUGCUACACACAUGGAUUGUCACCCAUCAUCUGUAUUCACACUCUGUCCCCAUACAUUGCACAUUUCAUCACCAUCAUGCAUUUAUUACCAUCCUGGUUGCUUUCCAAGUCAGAUACCUAUACGAAGUGUGAUAACGAGUUAAGAGUUAAGUUUGCAUUAAUACAAGUUCAUAUAUUUGUCUUACUAGGCUGGAAACCUGUAUCAACACUUUCACAACCUCAACAAAUUAUAUUGAAAAUUAUUUUGCUGUAUUGAUAAAUAAUUCUAAAAAAAUCAUGAUGAGACCUACAGAGCAUGGGAAAAAGCGAUCUUGCCGGCCUACCCAUGGAUGAUCGUUAUGUUACAGGAUUUGUUUUUAAUGGUUCUGUGUUUCUGAAGACUGCAGAUACUUAAAGAAAAAGAGCAGUCAAAGUAACAUAAUUCACUUUCUUAGUCAGUUACAUCACCUUGUUUACUGCUGGGAAUAGAGUAUUAAUUUUAAUAGCUAAAAAAAUCACAGUGCCCAGUUUUCUUCUUCUUCUUCUUCUUCUCCUCCUCCUCCUUCCAUUUCACUUUUGAAGGCAAUGAAAAUUUGUGAUAUGCGUAAGGGAGCCUUUAAAACUGGCACAGGAAUGAGAGCUUUAGGAGAGUGAUCUACCCAUAGAAUCCGCUCAUUAUUUUCUGCUCUCAUGGGAGUAAACAGAGUAGUUUUAAUACAUCCAUAUGUUUCAUUUCUAUACUAUUAGAAUCUGUUUUUAAUCACAAACAACCUUCUGAUUGGUCAGUAAGCAGUAUGGUCUGACUCUCCCUGCUCUACGUAGCUUUAGAUUGUAAAUAUUGGUAGGAAUAAAUAACACAAUCCAUCAUCCAAGUUUGUUGAUUGCCAUGAAGAGCAUUAGAUUUUGGCCUUUAAUCCUCUGGACUUUGGCUUGAUGUGACAUAUCCUUUUCUCUACAUCUGCUGUGACUUUCGUACAUACCAUUUUUCUAAUAAGCUCAUAAACAGCUCUGAAGAACUGAGUCUUACCAUCAAAUGUUUCUUUAUUUUUGUGGAGAUUUUUGACACUGCCAAGUCUUAUGACAAAUCAUUAGAAUGGUUUGCUUUUUGUUUCUUAAUUUGUCUUAACAGUUAUUAUAAACUAGCCCUAACUUUGCAUGCGUAGCGCAAAGUAUUUAUGGCUGAAGGAUUUGUGUGAUGCUGCAGUAAUAAAUUGUGUAAACAAACCUGAAUCAGUCUGUUGAAUAAUAAAAGCCGAACUAAAAUUUGUACAGUAGUUCCUGAGAUUAGUUUUCACAAUACGAACAAAAAAAAUGUCGUGGGGGCUUUAAAUUAUAACAUGUGUAGAUAAUGACAUAAGUGAGGUACAGUUUCUUGAAUUAAUGGGAGAGUCUGAAAAUAGCAUUUACACAAAAUGAUUCACUGCAGUCUCAUUAGUUAUGAUUCUUGGAAUUUGUGACUCCAUGCACUUUGAUAGAAAUCAUUUAUUUAUUAAAUCUUCUUUAUUAAAUUUUCCAUUACAAUAUGUGCACUAUAUUUACCUUAUGUUGAACAGGGUUAGACAAAAGUGCUGUUUUGUUUAUACAGUCAGGGAUAUUGAUAUUGGUGCAGUAAAAUCUUUUCAUGUUACUAACAACACAAUCUCCAGGGUAACCAUAACAUUGUGGGAAGCAUUAUUGUCUCCUCAGGUCUUCUGGAAUAUAUGGGAGGAGGGCUAUUGCACUAACACAUUGCAAAAAUUUUCACAAGCACAUUAAUAUCAAUGUCAGUCAUUAAGAGUGAUUGAAUUCAAGUUUGAUAGUAAUUUCCAUGGUGCCUGACUAUUGAUUUUACAUGCUAUAGUGACAUAAAUUGUAUCUUCAUAUUUCAAUCAUUUUUUUAAAAAUGUGUCCAAAAAUACUUAUUUCAAUGUAGUGUGCGAUUGUUGUUGUUGAGUUUUACCUUUUUUUUCUACAUCUCCGUAACCUUUGUAAACAGUAUAUUCACUAAUUGUUAUAUUCAGUAGUAAGAGUAUUCUUUGUCAUACCUGCUAUGAAAUGAAUAUUAAGGCACUUUUUUGUUCAAUUUUUUAUAGUUUCUCACUAAGGAAGUUACAGGAGUUAUUCUGUUUUGUGCUGUUAACAUUGUGUGGAUUUUGUUGACUUACCUUCUGCUGUAUAUCUUACUGUUGCUCCAUUAUGUCUUGGCUAGCAGGUGGCGCAUCUAAUAUCACAUGCUCAUAAGAGUUUGGAGGAACUUGCACAUGCUGAUGGAUGAUGGCAGAAAUAUCUUCAAGCCAUAGUGGAUCAGCAGUAGGAGCUGCAUCACGUCUUCAUGAUUCUUUUACAAACAGUUUUUGCUGAGCAGUGGUUUUCUUUGUCCGAAAAUUAAAACAUGGUGUACCUUUAGCAAUAUCCCAAGUUAUGUAAUUUAUGUGUUGCAAUAUAAUAUGUUCUUAUUUAUUAUAUAUGUGUGAAAAUGCAUUAUCGGUAUAGUAUAUGUAGUCUUGUGUGUGCUCCCAUUUUUGUUUUCAUUUCUCCAUUUAGCAUGUUUCUGCUGUUGGCACAGAUACAUUCAGUUGGGUUAGAUUCAUUACUUUUGAAUGUAAAAUUUGUGCUAUUUGUAGUUGACUGCAUGUGAUAAAGGUUCCUGAAAAUGUGUUGCAAUAACAAUCACACUGAACAUAUAUACAUGGUACAAUAACUAAAUACAUUGUAAUCCUUUUUAUAUAUUCAUCACAUACAUAUUGGAAGAAGCAUUUAACAGUAAUAGUAAUUUCAUUGAAAUGUGUAUAUUUUGUUGUUAUGCAUAAAUGUUUUGUAAAUAUACAAACAUGGUUGAUGUUAGCAAUUCCAGUUUAGUUAUAGAAAUCAGUGUUUUGUUUUUGUUUGGUAAGACGCUAGGUGAAGUAUGUUCCUCGUUUCCCAAGAAGCACUAGAAUGCUAGAAAAUUAUAUUAUCUUACAGCUGUUGAAAUAUGUUUGAUUGUUAUGUCAGUGGAGUUGGAAAAGAAAUAUAUUAUUUUUUUAAGAUGGAACUAAUGAAAAUCUCCACUUGGUCAAAAAAUAUAAUUGUGGUCACAAAACAUUUGCAUAGUACUUUUUUUUUAAAAGGAGCUUGUUUCAUAUACAUUGAGGCUUCCAUUAUUUUUUUAAUUACAAAUAUUUAUUUAUUUAUAGUAUACAACUUCUCUCGCUUGUUUUUCACAUUCAUAAUUUCUUUAAACUUUCAAAGUUGAUGUGAACAAAAUAUGAACGUUAAAGAUACUUAAUUUGAAACAAGAGGUUGAUAUCUGUAAAAAAAAGUUAAGACAGAUAUAUUUUUGCUUAUUUCUAUAAAUAGUUGAGAACUGAGAUUUUCAUAGAGAAUUUCCAAUAUGAUUGUUAAGACUCUGAUAAAAAAUUUUGCCUAUAGUUGUCUGGUUUGAUCCUUCAAUCUGUCUUACAUCUUUUGGUUGGUGUAAUAGAAUUAUGAUUCGUAAAAGCUGGAGGAAUUUAUGAACAUGAAAACUUUAUUUAAUUUCCCAUAUGUUUGGUUUAAACACAUGAGUUCCUUUUCUAAAUAUAAUUUUUAGCUAAUUUAUCAGCAGAACAACUCAGAUUUUACUACCAGAUUAUAUAAUAAGGUUAUAUUGAUCAUAUUUAUUAUUUGAUACAGCUUCUGGAUAUGUUUUUUGUCAUUUUGUUUCUUUCUCAUUUACUCACUCUCAAGCCUUUUGUAUCUGACAUGUGCCUGUUAUUUGACAUAAACAAAGUUAUUUUUGUCAUACAUGCUCAAGAGUAUGUCCCAGGAACAACAUGCACAAGUUUUUCAAAUUUUAUACUACUGUUAUCCACCAUAUGUUACUCACUUGCUGCAGUUUUUUUAAUUUUGAUAUUCAUUACUUGUCUCUCUUUCUUCCAUUUCAUGUAGGACUGUAGUGUUAUUAUAUAAGAAAUUACUAAAUAUGCCAUCACAGCAUCCAUUACAUGUAGCAAUUCCACUUCACUUGAAACUGCAGUAUUGUUAUACUUAAAUUUUCUUUUCCUCGCCAUUUGUGCUAGACACCUUACAUUUAGGCUGAGUACAUUUGUUGUGUGAUUGAGGUAGAUGUUACAGAACAAGAAAUGAAAGAAAGAAAGGCAGUUCCUCAUUAAAUUGUGUUUUGUUUCAGUUACAUGAGUGACUGUUGAAUAAUUUCUAUAUCCUGCAAACCAUAAAGUCACAGUCGCACUGCCAUUCAUCUGCAGGGAAUGGAAGAGCUUUCUUCUUGACAGAUACAGAAGCUUGCAGUUGUGCACAAAAAAACUUCUGUAAAUGUCUUUGUCAAACUGACCGUUCCAAAUUUUGUCUAGGGCAUAUUAAACUCUGAGGAUGUAUCACAAUGUGUUUGGAUUGGGAGAUACAGAACUUUUGUAUUCUGUUGUUGAUGAAAACUGUGUUUCUACAGUCUGAUACUUACUUGUGUAUCAUUUUCAGAGCUAAUAUUCUACAAGGCUUGUGUAUUGUGUCUAGGUUUAUAUGUUCAACAAUAGAUUAACUAAAAGCUCUACAUGUCUGCGAGAAAUUAAAUUUGUGGGGCAGAGGUUUCCUAGUGAGAGAUGGAGUACAAGACUCAUUUAAAGACUGUAACAAGCCAUUGUAUCCAAGCAGUUUCCUGGGAUAUGAAAAUUGCAAUAUCAUCUUGUUUUCUGUACACCUUCUCUCUCUCUCUCUCUGUCUCUCUCUCUCUCUCUCUCUCUCUCUCUCUCUCUCUCUCUCUCUCUCUCUCUCUCUCUCUCCACACUUGCACACUUGCAUAUCGAGGAAGUUCACAUUCAGUUGUCUCGAACUGCGGCUGUUGUACCUGGUACUUACAGUGGUUGAGCGAAGGAUAAGGUGACUGUAUAGUUUGCUUCUUUGUCACUGUUUGACUCCUCCUUGUGACUGGCUACUCGUGAAACGAGUGACAGUUGAAGAAUCAGACUCAGUUAACAUUGCUUUUAUUUUGAUAAAAUGUUUAAAUGAAAGCAAUACCAAAAAGUCAUAAUGGAACAUCCAACUUAAAUUGUUAUGGAAACCUCAUCUAACCUCAGUGUGCCAGGAAAGAAGAGAGCGGCCUGUUGAUUUUGGUACCAUAGUGGUAAAACCUAUAUUUUUCCAUGCCAGGUUACUCAUUCUUAUUGACAGUUACAGUUAGAUUUCUUUUAUUCUUUUUAUCCCAACUCCUCUUACACCUUCUUAUUAUCAGAAGUUAAAGUAUAGUUGAUUUGGAAAACUGUGUUGUAUUAUGCCCUACAGCUAUUUUGAUUUACCCUACCCUUAAACAUAAAAUUUGAGAAGUCCUGUCAUAUGCGAAAUAAUCUUCCAUUGUCCACAUUAAUUUUAUAUUUUAAUUUCCAACAGAAUGUAUAUAAAUUAAAGUAGGAAUAUCUGUUGGGGGGGAAAUAUGACACUGAAACUGGAAAUAAUGUGAAAGAUUCCUGUGCCAAAAUGGAACCCCCUUGUCCCUCCCAGCUAUAAAUAAAGUUCAUUGUGUCUUUUGUGAUGGAAAGUUGACUGCUACUUGCCUCAUUGUGUAGGUGUGAAUUUAUUUGAUCCUGAAUUACAUUGCCAUAGAACUAUAUAUAAGUUUUUUGUGUGAUUGAUAUAAAAGAUUAAGAAAUCUAUGAUGGAACAACUGCUAGCUCAGUGCUCUGAUCGUAUUUCCAAGAACAGAACUGCUUCUUUGUUGCAAACAGUACUUUGCUGUACUUAUGAAUGAUGUUUGCAGUAAUUUCAAAGUGCAGAAGUUUAAGGAAUGCCCUUCUUACUUUCAUAACAACUCAGUUGUUCUAGUUGUUCCACAGUUGUUUGUAGUAUUCUAUUAUGAAAGAAAUUAUUAACGUCCUCUUCACGGAACAGUUCCUUAAUGGGUUCUGCUAUAUUGCUUUUUUGAGUGAGUUUCUAAUUAAUGUUAACCAAACUACACAAAAGUAAUCAACAUUAAAGGCAAUGAAUAUAUUUAACUCAGACUUGCAAUGUCCAAUUGUUGUUCCAUGUCAUCAUAGAAAAUCGAAUCUCAAUCACUGAUAUACUUUCAUAGUAAUUUACUCAAAAAUAUAUAUUUACGUAUUGACUCUUCAUUGUGUGCAAAAUUUAAAAGAUGCAUUACUUUGACAAAAUGAUGUAAAUGUACUUUAACAGGACUGAUUAUAUCUUUUUUGUGUUGUGUUUGUUUAUGACUACAGUAUAGUAUUGUAUUGCUGUGCUUUGUGUCAAUGAAGAGAAGAAGUGUGCCUUGAUUGUAAUGUAGUGUUCAACCUAGAAAGUACAAAGCUGUUAACUUGAUCUCAAUGCUAGGAAAUAGAGUAGAUGUUAAUGCUAAUUACAAUAGAUAACUUCUUGAUGUAUGUACUGUUUUGUGAUGUUGCCAUUAUGCAACUGUUGAGGUGCAAACUUGCCUGCAUAUAUUUGUUUUUCUUUUUUUUUUCUCUCUCUGAGAAAUGAUUGAUUGUACUUGAGUCUUAAAUAGUUCUGACUUUAGUAACUAAUUUUUCUCCUAUAAAUUGUUUCACUUGUGCCAAAAUUUUACUAUUCAUUUUUAAUACUGCUAUUAAAGAUUUGUGAAUAUGACAGUUUCUACUGAAUGUUUGUCAGUGUUUGUCCUUUGCUUCAAUUUUUUUAUUUACUGUUUUUUAACUAUCUAUUAGAUUGUUGUACUUAAACCCUUGUCAGAAUGCAAGGCAUAUUUGAUUACCAUACUCACUGAAAUAUUCAUUGUAUCAGUGAUGUGCCAUUCCAUAUUGUUGAUCAGCUUAUUUAAAAAGUUAUUAACUUGCAACAUUUGGUGACUGAAAAAUUGUGAAUAGAAAUUUAUUUCAGUAUUUGCCUUGUCUGCCUUAAAAUCAGAAAACAGUGAUAAAAUAAAAGAGUUACAAAAAAUUA